UUGGAGAGAACUAUUGUGUGAGUUUUGGUUUGAAAAAAUCUAAAACCAAUUUUCAUUUUCAGAAAAAUUCUUCCAACAUUUUCCGCCGAAAAAUAUGUGCCAUUUUCAACUAUUGAAGAAUUGUUGAAGAAAGAAAUGGCUCAAUUUAACACCUUCAAAUACAGUGUUGUUGUAAGUUUUGAUUGAAAUUUUUAAAAAUUUAAUUGUUCAAGAUAUUAAUUUCAGGGUCAAAAAGACACCAAACAUAUUUCAAAAAUCGGCCAAAUGUUCACAAAUUAUUUCGAGAUUCGAAACGGAACUCCAAAAACCAUUCGUCGCCGAAAAGUUCCACUCCAAACCAUAAAAGAGGUUGAAGCAAUGAUGCCGGUCGAUUGUGAAAUCAUGAAAAUGUAUCAAGACGAAAGAGAACGCGAAGAUUUUGCAUCGAAUUUGACGAAUGAGCAGAAAAUCGAAAGAAUGAAGCAGGUAUUGGAGGAAAAUUGGAAAUUGACUAUGCAUUAUAGACAGGAUAUUGAGUGAGUUUUUUUUUUGAGAAUCCUGAUUUGUGGAAAAAAAUUGGAUUUUUCAGCGAUCCACACAAAUUCACCAAAUUUUUCCUCAAUUUGUUCAUCAAAAAAGGUUCGAAAUAUUGA